AGGGGGGGGGGAGAGAAGCGCGUCUUCGUUGGAGCGGCUCUCCCGCCCGCUCUCCUCUUUUUCCCGUUCAGCCAGACCUGCAGGUACGCCGGGAGGUCUUUGCGGAGCUUCGCUUCUGCUGUCGCCGUAGCAGCCGGUCCGCUUCUCUAGCCCUGCCCGAAAUUGCGAUCCCCACGAAAAAUGGCUGCGAUCCCGGCUUUCUCCGCCGCCACUUCGCUGCGCCCGCGGCUCCUGCUCGUACUUCUGCUUCACUUUUCUUUCGCGCUUUGGCUGAAGGGGAACGGCUGUGUCGCCAGCACACCGGAGGAUGAGGCGGCGAUGCUCAGCUCGUCCUCCCUACCGGAAUCCGCCUUGCAGAAGCCCACCGUCUUCUUGGCCAUCCUCGCCAGGAACGCUGCCCGCUCCCUGCCCCAUUUCCUCGGCUGUCUGGACAGGCUGCGGUACCCAAAGCAUCGGAUCGCCAUCUGGGUGGCCACUGAUCAUAACAUUGACAACACAACCUCCAUGCUCAGAGAGUGGCUGAGGAACGUACAAACACUCUACCACUAUGUCGAAUGGAGGCCAAUGGAUGACCCUCAGUUUUAUCCAGAGGAAAUUGGACCGAAGCACUGGCCAAAUUCCAGAUUCACUCAUGUGAUGAAACUAAGGCAGGCUGCUCUGAGAACUGCAAGGGAAAAAUGGUCUGACUACAUCAUGUUUGCCGAUGCUGACAAUUUUCUGACAAACCCGGAAGUGUUGAAUCUAAUGAUAGCAGAGAAUAAAACUCUUGUGGCCCCAAUGCUUGAAUCUCGAACCCUGUACUCUAACUUCUGGUGUGGAAUGACACCUCAGGGCUAUUACAAGAGGACACCAGAUUAUCCUCUGAUCAGGGAAUGGAAGAGAACUGGUUGCUUCGCAGUCCCAAUGAUACAUUCCACAUUCUUGAUUGAUCUGAGAAAAGAGGCAUCAGAUAAGCUGGCAUUUUAUCCCCCACACCAAGACUAUACCUGGACCUUUGAUGAUAUCAUUGUUUUUGCCUUCUCAAGUCGCCAAGCUGACGUUCAGAUGUACAUUUGCAACAGAGAACAUUAUGGUUACCUUCCUGUGCCACUGAAAUCACACCAGUUGCUAGAAGAUGAAUCGGACAAUACUGUUCACGUGCUGAGUGAAGCAAUGAUUGACCAUCCUCCAAUUGAACCCUCAAAGUUUGUCACAGUUCCUCCAAAACACCCUGAGAAGAUGGGAUUUGACGAGAUUUUCAUGAUCAAUCUGAAGCGUCGAAAAGACAGACGGGAUCGAAUGCUGCAGACUUUAUAUGAACAGGAAAUUGAAGUCAAGCUAGUGGAAGCUGUGGAUGGAAAGAUGCUGAAUACAAGCCAGCUGAAAGCUCUAAAUAUAGACAUGCUUCCUGGUUACCAGGAUCCAUACUCUUCUAGAGUGCUGACCAGAGGAGAGAUUGGCUGUUUCCUUAGCCACUAUUAUAUUUGGAAGGAGAUAGUAAGCAGGGAGAUGGAGAAGUGCCUAGUCAUUGAAGAUGAUGUACGUUUUGAGCAUCAGUUCAAAAAGAAACUCACAAAGUUAAUGGAUGACACUGAGAGAACGCAGCUUGACUGGGAGUUUAUAUAUAUUGGUCGGAAACGGAUGCAGGUAGAGCAUCCAGAGAAGGCUGUGCCCAAUGUGAUGAAUCUGGUGGAAGCCGAUUACUCUUACUGGACACUAGGCUACAUGAUCACCUUUCAAGGAGCUCAGAAGCUAAUUGGAGCUCAACCUUUCAGCAAGAUGCUCCCUGUAGAUGAAUUCUUGCCGGUCAUGUACAACAAACACCCAAUUGCCAAAUACAUGGAACACUAUGAACCUAGAGAUUUGAAAGCUUUCUCUGCAGAGCCUUUGCUGAUCUAUCCAACACACUACACUGGACAACCAGGUUACCUCAGUGACACAGAGACAUCCACAAUCUGGGACAAUGAGACUGUGGCCACUGAUUGGGACAGGACACUUUCCCGGAAGUCGCGGCAACAGGGCCAGAUCCAUAAAGAUGCCCAGAACAAGAAUGCCUUGCCACCUGGACCUUCCCUUGAUGCAUCAUCCACCAGAGACGAACUAUGAUUGUUAAAUGGAUCAGCUACAAGUUACUGGAAACAUCAGCGGGACUUCUAGAACUUCCAGAGAUAUUAAUAUGCUAUCUUCCUUGGCAAAAUAGUUUGAUAUGACUUGCUUGAACUGAGGAGGUGCUUGUCUCAUUUUUGCAGGGUGAGUGGAUGAAUCUGACUAUUUUAAAACAACCAGAGGAAUGUUGUUCAAAUUAUUGAAAGGGGCCCUGGUUUUGGCUGAUUGGCUUGUACUAAAGGAAAUUCUACAGAGCUGCUGGAGGACUCUAAAAGGAAAUGAGGUUAUACUCAGGACAAAAAUUCCUUAACCAAUAUCUUUCUACUAUUCUUGGUGUAGAAUUGUUGUAUUUAUAAAAAGUAAUAUAUACAAGAGUUAGGAAGGGUCUACCAAGUUUUUCCGUGUUAAUUAUCAGUCUAUUGUCUGCUGCAUUUUGUGAACCAUAUUCUGAAGCAGAAAUGUUAGAAUGUUCCCGUUCCUAAGGCUAAAUGCCAAAUAGUAUUGCAUGUAUUGAAAUUAUCAGAUGAUGGACAAGAUUUCCCUUAUGCUCAUCAUAUGAAUUCCCAAUGGUAUUAUUUGGUUUCAUUUUUAAUCAUAAGCUAUGAACAACAACUCAUUUGUCACAAGAAUUUCUGGAGUUCACAAUUUUUAAUAUUUAUCAGCAGUUUUCCAUCUUUAUCCUUCACACCUCAUGAAAUUUAGUGAAGAUCUCUACUAGAUGGAAAACUGAGAAUUGAGAAUUAGACCAUACAUCUUCCUCAGCCAGCAGCUGGGAGUGACAUGCAUCCUGACAGAAAAGAAUAUAUGUAGCUGAGGGUUGAACUAUGGAAUCCUUGGUGCCAUAAUCAGAGAUGUUACCUAGUUGGGUAAUGAAACAUCUGCAAGCAAACAACCAAGCUCAGAGAGCAUCAAGGACUCCACAGUACAUGGGCAGGUUCCAUUACAAACUGGAUUUGAAUAUCCUUUCAAAUAUCCUUUUAAACACGGUGCUCAUUGAUAGCUUUGAAACACACUUUCAGUCACAAAUGGUACUGUUGCAUGCAGUAAAGCUCUCGGUAAUUUAUCUUUCAUGCUUUUAUGACAAGAGGAAAAAUUUCAGCUCACAUCUGUAAAUUCAGGCUGAGUGUAUGAAGGAAUAGAUAAUCAAUGAAUAAUGGACUCGAAAAUAACAGUUACCUUUUCCAACCCUUUAAAAAUCUGAUGAUAUUAAGUAUUUUGAUGUAAUCGUUGUGUCACUUUGAUCUCAUUUGCAUGUGAACUAUACUGAAGGACAUGUGGCAGCUCUUUUCUUUUUAUGAUGCUCAAACUUCAACAUUUGAAAUGAGCUGUAAUGUUCACUCCACUGAAGAACAUCUCCGUGUGCAAAGUCUACCUUUUUAGAACCCACCAUAAAAGUUGUCUGUGUUCAUUUACCUCAAGGUUUUUUUUUUUUUUUGAUAAUGCAGACUUCUGAGCUGGAUAGGAAAAAAAACAUUCAGAGCUAAAAUGUUUAAAAAGACAAUCAAAAGAAUCUGUAUGUGUUGAACGUGCUAUAGAUGUUUUACUCAAGAAUUACUGUUCUUAGAAGAAAUAACAGUACAAUUGUAUAUUUUUCUAAAAUGCACGUGUGCAGCUUAUCAGCUGGUCUGAUAAUAUAUAUAGCAAUGAAUGCAAUGAUUUGGUGUCUUGGUCAUUUAUUUAUGACUUUAACAUAGCAUCAUAGUCUGGAGUGAUCUGUGAGAAUAAGAAACUGGUUUGAAGCUUUAUCUAUCUAGAUUAAAGAAAUAAAAAAUGCUUAGAAUCUUGAACCUACAGUAUAGAUGAUUGAAUCUUCAACAUCUCUUCCUGCCCUGUAACUCUUUUACUGUACUACAUUUCAUUACAUCCAACAAUAACAACCUGAUUCUAGUUCUUUCUGAUAUUCCCUUCAUGCCCAAAAUUAGGGAAAGCCCUCAUAGUCAGUUUUUGUCAUACUUUAUAUAAUUUUUUAAACCAAAUUACAAUGGUCACAGAAAUAGUGGGGUAUAUGUUUUAGGACCAGGUAGGCAGAAUUGCAACAGGAAAAGUUAAUGAGAGGCAGAGUGAUUUUAAAAAAAAAAUCUGAAUUUCCAGGUCUGUAUCUAGUGAUUUAUAUAUUUAUUUCUUGGCAAAAUAUGCUUUGAGUAUAUUUCAUGUAUGCGAUGGCUUCAUUUCUCCUAUUCUAUUACAAUUCACUCAAACAAUAAUAGGUGAGAAAAUCUGGUGGGUCCAAAUACAUUUUCUGAAACAGUUUUAUCAUUAUGGAAAAGUAGCACAGGCCUAUAGAAAUCAAAUGGCAAAAGAAAGAACAUAAAAUCUGCCAUCAGUAAUAAUUAGAGGAGGUAUGUGUUAAAGAGGGUGUUCAAUCCUUUUUUUUUUUUUUUAGAAACAGCUCUUUUUUCUAUGCAACUUGAAUAAUAAGUUUCUUAAAAGGGUGAUGGAUAGGUAUGGAAGAUUGCUAUGCUAGCAAAAAUCAUUGUAAUAACAGAAGGCAUCUUUUAAAGCCACCUGUGUGAUACAAUGAAAAUGGGUAAUUUGUCUGGGGGGAUUUGAACAAACUCAAAAUCCUCUCAUCAGUCAGAAGUAAAGUUUAUAUAUGUUCAUAUAUAUUUAGAUAUAUGGCAAACACUUAUAAAUCUGCUUCAGAUUUCCAGAUGUAUUGCAACUUCAGUUUUUAGCCAGCUUAUCCAGAGACUGGAUAAAAAUUCCGAGUUAGUUUCAGCAUAUUUGGGAGACCCCAACACAUGGAUAAUCAUGUGGGCAGAAAUCUAAUGCCAGCAGUAGGAGGUGUAAAAAUGUUGGGUGGGGGGGAAAUAGAACAAAGGCAACCUCGGAUCAGGUGGUCCCAAGACCUUUCAUUCAUUAAAUAAAUUCCAGAAAUGGAUUAAUCCUCUAAACUGGACUGGGAUUUAUGCAGCUAACUUUCCUCUCAUACUAAUUGGAAUUGGAAAGGAAUGGAUUAACUGGGGAGAGAAAAAGAGUCUACCAAACAUUCUUCCUAUCCUAGCAACCAGGAGCUAAAAAGGCUUUGUAAGCUGUGAUGGACCCUAUCAUAGGACUGGAAGCUUGUAAUUUGUGGUACAGUGCUAUUUAGUAUUCACAACCCUGCUGAAUUCAUUAUUCGAAGCACUACCAAAUCAAGAGGUAAAUAAUUCGUGAAACACUGGAAUUGUGAGAUGAUUAUUGUUCUAAUCUGUGUUAGAUCUAAAAUUCUAUAUACAAAGUUUAGAUAGUGAAAGUGAGUUGAACGUUUUAUUUUUCUAAUGAUAUUUUUUAAAUAAAUCUUUUAAUAGAGAUCCAAUGAAUAGGUUAAAUCACAGGGAUAAAUAAAAGACUAUUUUAUACAACAAUUUUUAAUCAGUCUUGUCUUUGUUUAGAAAAGAUGGUCAGCACAAGCAUAACAAUGUAAAAAUAUAAAAUAUAAAAAUCUAGCUAAUUCUACAAUUCUAGCUAAUACGAAGUGUGAAUAUGUGCAUAUACUUACCCACUUAAUGCUUUUGUGUAUUGCUUAUUUUUCAACAGAAAACCUAGAGAAUGAAUCUUGGUUUUCUGAAUAUUCAUCCAGGUUCUGGAUACUUUUAAAGCUUACUGUUAAAUAAAUAUUUGUACAUACAUACAUACAUACAUACAUACACACAUACAUACAUACAUACCCAUCAAGCUAUUCUAUCCCAGAGUAAGCAACCUUAUGCCAAACACAAAAUGACUAAGAAAUAUUAAGACAAAUAUGUUAAAUGAAUGGAGUGAGAAAAAGAAAUAGAUAAACUAGAUUACAUUACCACCACUAUAUCUCACAGUAGCCUUCUGUCUUCAGAAACCAUUCUUGCUUCCCCCAUAUACAUGGUGCCUUCUUUUGCACAUUGCCCUUUGUUGUUAAAAUUUUUGUUCCCAACAGUGAAAAAUAUAUAUAUAUAUAUAGCUCAGGGUUGAAAUGCUGGUUCCUAGGGUUUCUCUGAUCAUGUUAUCUCUGAAGAAGUUACUUAGCCCAUUAAUGAAAUGGAACUGGAAGAACCCAGUGGUCUUUAAACUUUUAACUUCUCUCUUUUAAGGUUAUCAUCAUCUUAAUCCAAUCACAACAUUUUUGAUCUUCCCCUUCCCUUGAGUCAUUCAUCCUUCACAUACUUGUUUUGCAAUUUGAUCUUAAUUCAUGUUCCUACAUGACAAAGCCUCAAAACAUUUGUUUCAUACUGGUCAUUCAAUUUUAUAUAUUAAUUUUAUAUCUGGUUAACAUUCAUUCUUAACCCUAUCUGCUUUGGUAUUGCUAAGUGAAGCUUCCCAUUGCAUUCAACUUAAUUUUUCUCUUGACUUCUCCAAUUCCCAUUAAAAAAAAUCUUAGUUAUUUUUGUUUCUUUCAUUCCUCACACCCAUCAUGUAUUACCUUACUACCAAUGUUUGUACUUCCUAAUGUUUUCCCAUCCAUUUCCCCCUCUGCAGUAAACUUUCUAUCAAGGUAGACAAACCUGUCCACUCAAUGUAGUUUUUUCAUCCUUUAUACAAAACUUGCAGUUAUUAACUUCAUUUUCCCUGUGAGCACAUUUAUCUUGUUUGUUGUCACAUUAGUGUUUAGCUUCAUACUCCUUAUGGCUCCAUAUAAUUUAAGUUUUCAUCCAACAACAUGACAGUAUCUGCAUAUGAAAGUGGAUGUAUAUUUAAGUCUCAAAUCAACACACCCUUUCCAUCACCACAAGCAUCCCUUAUAAUAUAACAAACCACUAAGGUGAUAUCACUUAUUCUGGUCGUACUCCCUGCUCAUGAUGAAACACUGGCUAGAAUUACAUCUGUCACAUUUCGCAUAUCGUUACAUCUGUGACAUAUCGCUCGUACACAUUUCUCCAUGACAUGCUGAAGAACUUGAAUCAAACUCGGGGAGCACUAAAAAUUGGGGAGCCCUGUGUGGCUCUAGGUUGGGCAGUGACUAUGCAGAUAUUUUUUAUGGAUAAAAAUGUGAUUGUGCUCCCCAGUUUUUCCUCACUGUUACCUAUGCAGCUCUUCAGUCAGAUUGCUGCCAUUCAACUUCCUAGCAACACUUAACAGAUUAAUCCUGCAGUAUGUUUUGCAUUCUUUCUUGCUGGUUUUAUUUCUGUAGAGGAAAACAAUCCUUCUUCCAAUCACCAGCCACAAAUGCCGUCUUUGCAAAUAUGCUGCCAAAGUUACACAAUCACUACUAAAAAGUUCACCUGCUUAUUUUAAUAUUGCACCAAUUAUAUGAAUAUACUUUCAGGCCUUAUUAUUCAACAUCCUCACAACAUUUACAAUUUAACUUUUCAUCCUUUUUCCUGCGUGCUAAUAAUUUUCACAUCCAUUUAAAUCUCACUCUUAGAUGUACAAUAAUUCCCAUAUAAAUCUCUAAAGUACUAGUUUCAGCGUUCCCUCCAUUCAGUUCCAGACCAAUUCAUUUCGUUACAAUUUUAAUUCCAUUCACUCUCCUUGAGGCUCUUUAGCUUGUUUCAGUCAUUUCAGACGACGUUUUUAUUUUCAUUUGAAUUGUGCUACAUUUUUAAUCUUAGUAUUUCUUUAUUCCCUUAGAUUAAAAAAAAUGUAGCUAUCUUUCUCUAUACAGAUAAUCCUCAGUUAAUGAUGGCAAUUGGGACUGGAAGUUGUAAAGCAUGAUGUCACAUGACUGAACUGCGCCGCGAUAAUUCUAGCAGUCUAGAAUUAACAACAAAUAAUUCUGUUGUUAAGUGAAUCACUGUGAGUCGUUAAGCAAGGACAUCAUAUGGUUGCCAGUUGCCACCUCCUUCCAGCUUCCCCAUUGACGUUAGUGUUGGAAGCCAGCAAAGAAGCUCACAAAUGGGUGAUGUGACCAUCGGACUCUGGGUUGUCAUAAUUGUCAGCUGAGCACCAAGCAGGGAUGCUGAGACAGCUAGGUCUAUGAGGAGCAGUUUUAAGUACCACUUCUUCAGUACUGUUGCAAGUUGGAGCAAUCACAAAAUGAGUGUUUAUCAACUGAGGAUCAUCUGUAAUGUAUCCUUUUUUUCAACAUUUUGCAGCAUUUUUUCCUCAUUUCCAACCCUUUUCAUUUCAUUGGUCCACCAAGCAUUAUUUUUCAUUCUUCCCACUAAUCUCCACACACUGUUGGAGUGUAAAUUUGUUUUGACUCUAUUCAAGCAGGUUCUACAUCCACUUUCCUUAUGUCUGCUUUCCAUUUGUUGUGUUAUCCACUUUCUUUCUUUCCUUUCAGGCUAGUUCCUUUCACUUCUUUGCUUUGUUCCUGAUCUACUUUCUCCCAAGUUCAGUUUUAAUAAUUAGUCACAACUUUAUAUUUUUCAUAAUUUCUUUGCCAUAUGCAAGUACAGACUUGUGCUUAAAUCACGUACUCAAAACGAACAAUUUCCUAAGCAGAUAUCAAUUCCCUUUCUCAUUCAGUUCUGCAUUUCCAAACAAUCUAAUAACUUUGUUCUGUACCAUCUUGUCUUAUUCCCAUCCAUUGUAUCAUACUACCCACCCCAGUCCCUGCCCAUGGACUGCAAAACCCAUUGCUGGUUGUUCUGUUACCAUUGUACACUAGACUAGAGUAUAACAUGCAACUCUUCCUAGUGUAUGGAUUCUUAUUUUCAUCUGUACUCACAAUGUAACAUGACACCAAUUCAUACUUUCUGGCAUACAUUUUAGCUCUGUUCCUUCCCUGCAUGGAUUCUUCAGUAUUACCCAGAAAAAUCUGACCAUAGUACUCUGUUACAAACUAUUGACAUCUUCCCCAUUCUUAGUUUCCCAAAUGCACAACAUAUUUAGCUUUCUUUCACUUAUUAAUUCAUGUUCUUCCCACCUACACAUUUUUAUUUCAAUCUUCUAUUUGCCAUAACCAACAUCAGAAAGGCCCACCUGUAUUAAACUUUUUGCUUAUCAUGGAGUUGGUCAUUUAACGUUCUCACCCAGGGCUUUUUAGUAAGACAGAGAAGGUGUACAUUAGAAUACUCAGCUUAGCUGGAUCAUGACACAAGUAACAGUCCCUCCUUUUGCAACAACAGGACCAGUCAGUUGUAUAUUCUUUCAUUGGUAUACCACAAACUCAGAACUCAAGCAAGCUCAUACUCUUACAUGCAAGCUAAGGUCUCUAAUCUAGAGACUACCUUGCAAAAUAACCUAUUGUUGCCUGCAAUUGACUAACAAGAGUGAGGCAUAUGCAGUAUAGGGACACACUCACAAUCUCUUUAGACAAUAAUAUAGAGAAUUUAAGUAAGUGGCUCAACAUAUAAAGCAUUUGAAACUGAAGGUUUUACAUAGUGCAAAUAUAUCACAAUCUGAUAAGUAUUAAUUUAAAAAUGUACCUUGUCAGGACUGGCGUUAGGCUCCUGAAUAGCAAAAUUAGCUUUACAAAGCUGAAAUUGGUAAAUCAUUUUCAGCAAAAAGGCUUGGCAUUUCUCAUUCUGCUAUGCAGUAAUCUUAAAUUCUACUCACACCCUUGCCCUCACCCCAUGUACAUAUAUGCACAGAUGUGCAUCACAUACAAACGUAUCAACGGGAAUUGCAGGUAACUCUUGUCCCAUUCUAUUUCAAAGAAAAGCAAAUAUAUUUUGCUGGCUCAAUUCUGAUUCUAGAUCUCAUUGUGCUUCAACCACCCAUUUCCUUUCCUACAUGGACAAAGCUUGAAAACAUGCUUUGCUGAAGUAUUUAGGAGGUGUUACAUUCAGUGUCAAUUUUCUAUUUUUUCUAUGAUGGUGCAACUAACUAACCUACAAACUGUCGUGGCUGUGAUUAUGCAUUACUUUCUUUGCAGUGGUAUAUUUGAGGAUGCAAAGAGCUCUGAAUUGGAGUAUGAUAGACUUUCAGUGAACCUAUUUAAACCUGGUAAUAUGUUCGAAUUGAGGUUGCAAAUUAAGCAAGAAAAAAAAAUCUUCCAUGUAAAUUUACAGUCAUAAAUAUUGUUGCAAAUGAGUGGAUUCUGUUGAAUUUAGUACAGUCUGCUUUACGGUGAUUGGGUAGCUCUGUUUGGUCUUUAUAAGAGACCUACAGAAGGGGUGAGGAAUGCUACCUAGUCUUCAAAAGGAAAAGGCUGAUGCAGCAGCAGAUUGCUAGGUGAAGAAAGUGGGGAGAAAAUGGAAAUCAGAGAAAAAGUGUCAGGAAGAAGCUUCCUUAUCACCCAUGUUUAUAAUCGGUACCAUCAUCACUACUUUAAUUUCAGCAUUUCCCUGACUGUACUACUGUUGUGCAGGUCUGACAUCAUACUGAAAACCUGACCCUCCAAAAAGUCAAUACCACCAUCUCUCAUUCCAGGAAACCAGGUCAUGAGGCAAAGAGGUGACUAAAGCAGUACCAUAAGUCAUUUAAAACAACAACAACUACAAUAAUAAUGACUGAAUUCUAAAAAAAGAAAGAGGGGGGGAAUUCUUUAAAUGUUUUUUAAUCAACAAAUAUCUGGGAUCUUUUCAAAUGAUGGCUAUUAAGUAGAUUUGUUUUUUUGUUUUGUGUUGUUUCUCAGACUGAGUACGGUAUAAAAUAUAACUGUUAUAGUUUACUAUAACGCCAAUAUGGCUGAAUACAGGUAAACAGCUCCACAGUUGAAAGAGGAGUAAAACUGCACA